CGACUAACAUGGGAAAAAAACAGCAAGUCAUUCUGUCUUCUCUUUUUUCUCUCUUUGAUGAGGGCAUCUGUUUGAAAAGUUGAACUUUAGACACAUGUGAGCGCUGGGGAAUGUCUGUGGGCUGGUGCGAGGCUGGUUUUCUGAAUGACUUUGACUGCAGUUACUGAGAUUUCUCAGUUGAACAUCAGGAAGACAGCAGGGGUUUUUUUUUUGUUUGGUUUUUUUUAGGCAGAUAUGAACCGAAACUCUGAGGACUGCUAGAAGACAACUUAAAAUCCUCUGCCUAAAUAAGGACUCAAGCAUUAAGAGUACUAUUUUUGACUCCAUUUUAGUACAUCUUUGUCAUUCUGACGUGUUUUUAUUGCACAAAGUGGGUGGGAGAUAUGGUUUCUGUUUAGAAGCCUCGUGGCUCAAAGUCUCUGGGAGUUACAUCCUGCAAUUGUCUGAGUAGACUGGGGAGAGUUGGAGCAUUCAAGUCCACUACAGAAGCAGAGAAGAAGAGUUUAAGAGUUGUUGUCAUAUCACCGUAAGGGUGACUGAAGCAGCCACAGCGGACCAUGUGUGCUGCACCUCUGGAGGAGUACUGUGGGUCCAUCUUCUGGAAUGCCUCAUAUCUGGAUAGAGAAGACCCCGACCUGCCGGUAUGUGUGGAACAGACAGUGUUGGUCUGGAUCCCACUGGGCUUUCUCUGGCUCUGUGCCCCGCGGCACCUGGUGUCUCUGUGCCGCAGGACGAAGGCGAAAACGAGACACUUUUCCAAGCUCUACUUCUGCAAACAGUUUGUGGUCUGUCUAUUAUUCUUGACGGCCAUAGCAUCCUUGGCAGUUACAUUAGGAGAAGACUUUGGUCCAAACUCAGACAAAUCUACACCUGAGAAAAAUGCUGGUGUAUACUACGCUAACCCUGUCCUUUUUGCUGUCACAUGGAUACUUGUGCUGUUAUGCCAGGAAGGAGUAAGACGGCGGGAAGGAGCGGUAGACUCCGCGACCCUCUUCCUCUUCUGGCUUCUCCUUGUUCUGUGUGACAUCUUUCCUUUUCAGACCCUCUUACGCGAGGCACUUAAGCUGGGUACAAUCAAGGAUCUCCCACGUUUUUGCCUUUUCAACAUUACCUUUGGGCUGGAGCUGGUUGCAUUUAUCCUCUCUAUUGUGGCUGAUAUUCCACCUGAAGCUGAGGAGAUUGUAAAAAGGAAUCCAGAGGCAGGGGCACCGUUUUUGAGCAGAAUUACUUUCAACUGGUUUAACAGCAUGGUGGUGAAGGGCUACAAGCGCCCCUUGGUUCAGGAGGAUAUGUGGGAGCUCAGUGAGAAAGACAGCACCGCAUAUCUCAGCGAGCGCUUCCAGCAUUUCAUGAAGUCAGAGCUGGGAGCAGCUCGAGUCCGAUACCAGCACAAGCUGAAGAAGAAACCAGCAAACAACAAAUACAAAGCCCAGGAAGAGAACUUUCAAAAUGGACUGGGGAAAGGCGUGAGUCAGGAUGUGCUGAUGAUGGAGGUAAAAGGAAAGACAGAAGAUGGAAAAAAGAAGAAAAAGGACAAGAAAAAGGAGGACAAUAACUAUCCCAAUUCAUGGCUUAUUACCACCAUAUACAAGACAUUCAAAUGGAUUCUGAUUGAAUCUGCCUUCUUCAAACUGCUGCAGGACGUGUUGGCUUUUGCCAGUCCUCAACUCUUAAAGUUGAUGAUCUCCUUCACUCAGGACAAAGCCAGGUACACCUGGGAGGGAUAUCUGUAUGCAGUUCUGCUGCUUGUAGUGGCUAUUCUGCAGUCAUUGUUCUUGCAGCAGUAUUUCCAGCGCUGCUUUGUUCUAGGGAUGAAGGUCCGCACUGCCAUAAUGGCUGCUGUGUAUAAGAAGGCAUUAGUGGUGUCAAAUGACGCACGCAAGGAGUCAACAGUUGGUGAAACGGUGAACCUGAUGUCAGCAGACGCCCAGCGCUUCAACGAUGUGACCAACUUCAUCCACCUGCUGUGGUCCUGUCCUCUGCAGAUCAUCUUAUCUAUAGUUUUCCUGUGGUUUGAGUUGGGACCCUCAGUGCUGGCAGGACUGGCAGUCAUGAUCCUGAUGGUGCCUAUUAACGGUCUGCUAGCCAACAAGGCCAGAAAGCUCCAGAUAGAAAACAUGAAGUACAAAGACAAGAGACUGAAAAUCAUGAAUGAAAUACUAAAUGGGAUCAAGAUUCUGAAGCUGUAUGCAUGGGAGCCCUCUUUCCAAACUCAGGUGGAAUCCAUUAGGGGGGAAGAGCUGAAGGUCAUGAGGAAGUUUGCCUACCUGACGUCUGUCUCCACAUUUGUCUUCAGCUGUGCUCCAGCGCUGGUUUCUCUUGCCACAUUUGCAGUGUUUGUGGGUGUGAGUUCAGAUAACGUGUUGACAGCUGAGAAAGCUUUCACUUCCAUCUCCCUAUUUAACAUCCUCCGUUUUCCCCUGGCCAUGCUGCCCAUGCUUAUCGCCGCCAUCGUGCAGACCACAGUGUCCAAGAAGCGUCUGGAGAAGUUUCUGGGAGGGGAUGAUCUUGAAAGCGACAUUGUUCACCAUGACUCCAAUUUUGCCACCGCUGUUAGCAUCUGCGACGGCACCUUUGCUUGGGAGAGAGAAGCUGAGCCUCUGCUGAAAAAUGUGUCCUUGGAUAUCAAGCCAGGUAGCUUGGUAGCAGUUGUGGGAGCUGUGGGCUCAGGAAAGUCCUCUCUCAUAUCAGCCCUCCUGGGAGAGAUGUACUGCAAAGAAGGCUUUGUCAACAUUCAGGGUUCACUCGCCUUUGUGCCACAGCAAGCCUGGAUCCAAAAUGCCACUCUGAAAGAUAACAUCCUGUUUGGUUCUCCCCAUGAGGAUAGAAGAUUUGAGGAAGUGAUUCAGGCCUGUGCUCUGGCCCCCGACUUGAAGCUGCUCCCUGGAGGUAUCCUCACUGAGAUAGGAGAGAAAGGCAUCAACCUCUCAGGGGGUCAGAAGCAACGUGUGAGCCUGGCUCGUGCGGCUUACAGCCAGGCUGAUAUUUAUCUUCUAGAUGACCCAUUGUCUGCUGUCGACUCUCAUGUGGGAAAACAUCUCUUUGAUAAACUGAUUGGACAUAAUGGGAUACUCAAAGACAAGACUCGUAUCCUGGUGACUCAUGGAGUGAGCUUCCUUCCGUAUGUGGAUGAAAUAGUGGUUCUGGUUGAUGGAAAGGUUUCUGAGGUUGGAUCCUAUAACAGCCUUCGUGCCAGCAAAGGAGCUUUCUCUGAGUUUCUUGACACGUAUGCUAAAGAACAAAGCAACCAGAACCACUCUGAGUCAGAUGGUUCAAAGGACACUGCAGAUGUAGAGCUCAUCCCUGAAAGAGAUGAUGCUCAACCCGAUUCGCCACUGGAGGACACAGUUUCUGCAACACUGAAGAGAGAAAACAGUAUCCGCCGUAGCCAACGUGGCAGCAGUGUCAGACUAAGAAAAAACAGUUCUUUAAAAAAAACAGAAGUUCCUGCAGAAUCAAAGAAAGGCGAGAAGCUUAUUGAGAAGGAAACUAUGGAGACCGGACAGGUGAAGUUUUCAGUGUACCUGCAGUACAUGCGUGCCAUGGGCUGGGGAUACGCGAUCAUGGUCUUUGUGGUUUACUUCAUCCAGAACAUUGCUUUCAUCGGUCAGAACCUGUGGCUGAGCGAUUGGACCAAUGAUGCAGUGGUGUACGAGAACAAGACAUACCCUGACUGGAAGAGGGACACCAGAGUGGGAGUGUUUGGAGCACUCGGAAUCGCUCAGGGCCUCUUUGUGUUUCUUGGUACCCUGCUUCUAGCCAACGCCUCUGUAAAUGCAUCUCGCAUCCUGCAUUCACGUUUGCUGAACAACAUACUGAGAGUUCCCAUGCUGUUUUUUGACACGACACCCAUAGGGAGAGUGGUCAAUCGUUUUGCAAAGGACAUAUUUACUGUGGAUGAAGCUAUUCCCCAGUCCUUCCGCUCCUGGAUCCUGUGUCUGCUGGGUGUCCUGGGGACACUGUUUGUCAUCUGUCUAGCCACUCCUUUCUUCACCAUCAUCAUCAUCCCUCUGGCCCUGGUUUACUUCUUUGUACAACGCUUCUAUGUAGCGACUUCGAGGCAGCUUCGUCGGCUGGACUCUGUGUCUCGCUCUCCUAUAUACUCCCAUUUCAGUGAGACUGUCUCAGGUCUAUCUGUGAUCAGAGCCUAUGGCCAUCAAGAACGUUUUCUGAAACACAAUGAAGUCACGAUUGAUGAAAACCUUAAGAGCGUCUACCCGUGGAUCGUGUCCAACAGAUGGUUGGCUAUCCGCCUGGAGUUCCUUGGAAACCUUGUAGUAUUUUUCUCUGCUCUGUUUGCCGUCAUUUCCAGAAAUUCCCUGGACAGCGGCUUGGUUGGCCUUUCUAUAUCCUACGCCCUCAACGUGACUCAGACACUCAACUGGCUGGUGAGGAUGACCUCAGAGCUUGAGACAAAUAUUGUUGCUGUGGAGAGAGUGAGCGAAUAUGCUGAGAUUGAGAACGAGGCUCAGUGGAUAAGUCACACUCGGCCUCCAGAGAAAUGGCCAAAGGAUGGAAGAGUACGGUUUGAGAACUUUAAGGUCCGCUACAGACCUGGAUUAGAUCUGGUGCUGCAUGGAAUCAGCUGUGACAUCGAAAGCUCAGAGAAGAUUGGUAUAGUCGGCCGUACAGGAGCUGGAAAAUCAAGCCUGACCAACUGCCUGUUUAGAAUAAUCGAAGCUGCUGAAGGUCGAAUCCUCCUGGAUGACAUAGAUAUUUCCACAUUAGGCCUGCAUGACCUCAGAAACAGCCUCACCAUCAUCCCACAGGAUCCGGUGUUGUUCUCAGGGACCCUGAGAAUGAAUCUUGAUCCAUUUGACAAAUUCAGCGAUGAAGAGAUCUGGAGGGUGUUGGAGCUCUCCCACCUGAAGGACUAUGUGGCAGGGCUGCAAGAAGGAUUGCAGCAUGAAGUUGCAGAGGGGGGAGAAAACCUCAGCGUUGGACAGAGGCAGCUGCUGUGUCUUGCCCGAGCCCUGCUGAGGAAGUCUCGUAUCUUAAUUCUCGAUGAAGCUACGGCAGCUGUUGACCUGGAGACAGACGACUUGAUUCAAACCACCAUCCGCAAGGAGUUUUCACACUGCACUGUGCUCACCAUCGCCCACCGUCUGCACAGCAUUAUGGACAGCUCCAGGGUGAUGGUACUUGAUGCUGGAAGAAUCGUUGAAUUUGAUUCUCCAAGCAACUUACUUGCUGAAGAGGGCCAUUUCUAUUCCAUGGCAAAAGAUGCCGGGAUAACACAGGAACAAACCACGGCUCUCUGAUUUUGCAGUUGUGUUUUUGAUGAUGUUUAAUAAUUAUUUUCUUCGUUUUUUGAUUUAAAGUGCUGGAUUGUACUUUGAAAUAAGAUGUAAGUAAUAUUUGUAUUUAUAUGUAACAAAGUAAUCAUAUUCUGUAUGUAAAGAAUUUUUGUAAGGGAACAAUAAACAUGCUUUCUCAAA